AUGCAGCCUUAUUCAUCUCGUCCAACUAAGCCGAUGUUACGUUUCCGGGACCGGGAACUGCCAAACCCCUCGCCGGAACCGAGAUUUAGCCCCGAUCCAGAGGACAUCUUCCCGGAAUCCCUGAAGCAGCGGAAAAACGAACCUUCCAGCAAUGAAGAAACUGGCUCUCCUGAUGACGACCUGUCAGAUGAUAGUAUCUCGGCGCCGUGGUAUCCACCCGUGAGAGAUGAAGAAGCUGUUUCCGCCGAAACAGAUGAGACAGGAGACAUUGAAUCUUUAUCUCAGGUAUUCCCACCACGUAACAGCACCCAAGAUCUCUCUCGUGCGUUUCCGAAACUUAGAAGAAGUGGCAUCGAUUCUUUGGCUACAAUCCGCAACAAGGACACAAUUUCUAAAGACAACACAGCUGGAAGCAAGUCCGACAUGGAUAGUCUGCUCGCUAAAUACAGUAGGAAGCUUAUAGGACCUGACUUGAUAUCUGAUCGUACGGAUAGGCUGCAGGGGACACGUCAAAGGGCACGCGUUAGUCCACCAGACGAUGUAGACUUAGGUGACUACUCAUCUCAAGGUGGGAGUUCACGCUACACGGGUCGCUAUCCGGGCUACCCAGAGAGAUCAAGACGUGAUACUUGGGUGCCUCCGUACACUCAUCUUUCACAACCUACUACAAGGAACAUCAAAAGAUAA